UAUAUACUCCAGUAUCAGAGUCUGAGCAACACAACGUUGAUAUUAUUUACCUUCCAUCGUGUCUUUUUCAUUUAUAUUUUCUGUUACAUUAAACAUCAACUCAUUCCAACCAAUUAAUCCUAAUGUGUGUUAUGAUAAAUCUGUUUUAAUUGAUCAUCUUAUUGUUGGAACAAAUGAUAAUCGGAGUAAUGUACAAGUGUGUUCACUGAAUAAUAUAAAAAAAAAAAAGCACGUUCCAGUGAGUGUAUGACGUUGUUGUAAAGUUUGUGCACCUGUACACCUUUUUUUUGUUAUUCAUGGAUUAUACUGACAUGACUAGACCUUAGUACAUCACUUAAACGACACAGCUGACUUAAAAAUGAGGGUGAAACGUGGCCGAAACAAAUCAACUAUCGAAAGGUUUUUGAUGAUGAGUUGGCUGCAGAGUAUUUAGAGGAAUAAGACUUGGUAUUUGAAGGUACAGAAAUGAUGACUGCGAUGGCAAGAUUACCUAGUAAACCAACGACUUCUACAACUCAACAGAAUCAACAGUUGUGGGGUUAUUGGAACAUGCAAACAAGACAACCACCACUACCAACCUAUGUCCGUCAACAGCAUUGUCAGACUGUCGACCAUACGGGCAAAAGAAAAAGUGCCGUUGAAUUACUCCAAGAGACCAAAGCAUUCUACGUAAAAAGUGAAAUAGUGCUUGACCGAAAGCAGGAAUUAAAGAACAGUGGGCAUCUUCAAGUGGCACCAUCGACAGCACCUGGUGCUCCCCCACGGCUUUUAAGGAAGUGCGGGAAUCCUGUGAGCUGUAAUACCCAAGGAUCAUCACAGCUGUCUUUAACACCUGGUCCUUGCUGUUGGACUAAUUGCCAAGAUAGACAAGAUACAGUAAGUCCUCAACGUACACUGCCACCCACUCUACCACCAAAAAGUCCUCGAUUAGUAUCAGUACCUCAACGACGUACGAUAUCCGGACCACCUAGUGGUACCGGUAGUGAUCAGCUACAGACGAAAUUAAGAAGGCUACUCAAUACAGACAGUAAAGAGAAUGUAUUCUUUCCUGAUACUCCUCCAGCUCUUACUCCUACAAGUGGCCGAGAUGAUAAGUUCAAAUACUCAACCGGAAGUCCAUCAGGAUGUAGAGAUGAUAAUGUUGAUGGAAGAAUAACUAGGCACUCAAAUACACCGGAUGUUCACUUCAAAUUUGGCCGAAGUAAUUCCAAUUCUCACUCGUCAAGUAAAAGCAACAGGAAGUCAAAUAUUUCGCCGCCCACUGAGAAUACUAUUUGUCAUAAAUCAUUACCAGACUUACACACUAGUAUAAGACGUCGAUCCUCUUUAUCUCCUCGCACUUCGACAAAGUCCUCGAAAGCACUAGCCUCAGGCCAUUACCAUUCAAGUACCAAUUGUCCUGAUUGUGAAAGUAGUUCUGAUUAUUCAGAACAUAGUUUCAAACGUGAUUCAAUUGGUUAUCGUAGCUCUAGACAUAUUAGAAGAUCAUUUGGAUCUGGUGGUGGUGAUGCUAGUAGUGUAUUAUCAUCUGGAGAACGCACACAAAAAUCAUCGGGAUCUAGUAAACUUAGUCAUGGAGCUACUGCUAGAGAUUCUGGAGGCUCCUCUGGACAUUGUACUCAUCGGAGUGAACCUCCUCCUCGAAUACAGGAUUGCUGGAGUCACGUGCGUCGUGAUAGCGGAGCGUCAACUCAACAUUCCAAUGAACGAGAUAGAUCACGGAAGGAAAGCUACACUGGUGGUAAUCAAUCGAUUGUACCUAGAAACAUUAGCCCUGGGUCAGAAAGCAGUGAUAACCCUGGUGAUUACAGUCCGACUGGUAAUUCGAGAUUUUCUGAUGGAUGGAAAGAAGGUCGUGGAAGACCAAUUCUUCGCUCAAAGUCAGACAUAAGUGAUCGUUACUGGAGAAAUGAUAAUGGUCGAUCAGUGAAGCAACCUCGUCCACCAAGAUCAGUAACAGAAUUGGAAGAUUUCUUUGAUAAGCUAGGACUGGAUUCAGAUAAUUAUGAGAUGAUUGCUUUACCAACAUCAAACACAUCAUCACCAGUCUUUUUCGAUAGUGUCAGCUCAGUGGAUUCAGCACUAGGCCUUCAUCCUUGGUCCGGGAAUAAUAAUAAUCAACAGUCGAGUAAUGGAACAGGACCACGGUGGCAAGGGAAUAAUUGUACUGUUAGCAAUGAAGAGACUAGUCAUCGUGUAAGCGAACCACCUAGUAUUGUUGAAAAAAAUGCUAGGAUUAUUAAAUGGUUGUGUCAGUGUCGGAAGGUGCAGUUUGGUUACAGUUAAACCAGUAAUGAAAGUUUGUUGAACUUAUUUCCUUUAUUAAAUUAGCACAAUAAUUAAAUAUCUUACAGUACCUUCGACAAAAUAAGCUAUUAUCUUAUUAUAACUUUUAUCUUAUCGUUAAUUGAAAUGCUAAUUAACUGUUAAGUUUUGCAUUUAUUAAUUCAAUUCAAUUAUUUAUUCAUUUUUUAUUCAUUAAGGAUCAAUUCAUUGACGCGCCCUCUUUUUUAGAAUUGUUUAUUUAUAAAAACAAGUGUGCCAUUAUUAAAGUAAUAAGUCAUUAGAUAAUUGUCUAUGUGUAAAGAUCAGUUGUAAAAAAAAUAAGUACAGUAGAGUCUCCAUAAUUUGGUCUCCUACAAACAAAAAAAAAAGGGUGGAGAAAACGAACGUUUUCUGCACUACGAAACCAAGUAUGUUAUUCACUCUUACGAUUUGCAGUGUAGAAAUAAGAAUAGUGUUCUGUAAAAUGGUAAUUCUUCGAAUUCAGAGCCUCAAGUCGUUCAUGUUAUAGAGACUCUACUGUAAUUAUGUUGACUAGCUUA